GUGUGACAAUCACUGUUCAUAUCGAACACACCCGAUUUUAUUUUUCCCAUAAUUCUUUGCAACGUGCUUGGCCGACCCUAACAAUAGGCGCUAAGUUAUACCCGGCCGAGCUGUCCAGCAAUAAAGACGUGCUUAGUGUUAGAAGGGGGUAUCGUGGUAGAAGCCUGUGUGGCAUGUUUUAGUUUCACAAGUUCAGCAUUUGACGCGGACACGGAUAGCUGACCGUGUGUCAUAUUGUUGAUGUUGAUGACGACGAUGAUGUUAUGGUGAUGACGACGAUGAUGAUGGUCAUGUCGAUGAUGAUGAUGUAGAUGAUGUCGUUCAUGGUGACGUCGGUGAUGAUUAUGAAGUAGAUGAUUAUGGUGAUGACGAUGAUGUCUUUUAUGAUUAUGGUGUUGUAGUUGAUGAUGUUGACGAUAGUGGUGAUGAUGAUGAUUGUGGUGACGAAACUACUCUAGUUGUGGUUGUCCGUAGUUGGUCCAGGACUACAGCCCCGGAGAUUCGGACACUCUUCUAAUUUAUUUUUGGUCAUUUGUAUAAACAUCAUAUUUUUUCUUGUUGAGUGAAAGUUGUGUGAGUGUUUGUGUGGUUUAGUGUUUAUAUUUCUAUCUUUUCUUUCUUUCUCUUAUUUUUUUUGUUAUUAAAUUUUGUUAAAUUUAAGAUGUCUUGUUGUUGUUUGGAGUAGCCUCCGCUCAUCCCGUUACAAUUGGUGGCAGCGGUGGGAUGAGUUGACUCCUCCAGAUACUACAAGAUAUCUUUAUAAGUGAACAGUUGCCAAGGUUUAUUUUAUUUUUCAUUUUUUGAUCUUUUUUGUAGUACAUGUAAGAGCAAGUGUAGGUCGUUGUUUCCUUUUCCCUUGGUGAGUACAUUACGUUAGGCAGAUUGUUUUGUUAAAAGUUGAGAAGUUAGUCCCUUUAUGAGAUAAUUUUGAGGUAAGUUGGUCUGUCAGUCAAUGCACCAUGUCUACUGUCAAGGAGAUGCUGGAGCUACUUGAAGUGGGGACCAAGAUGGGGAUGAAGGAUGAAGACCUUCAACAAUUCGUGAAGGACGAACAGGCCAGAAUGCGGGACGAACGUGAGAAACAUAGAGUCGAGAGACAGGAGGAGAGAGACCGCGACUUCAAACUACAGAUGGAGAAAGAGCGCGCCGCAAGAGAACAUGAUGAGCGAGAGCACGCCCGAUUGAUAGAAGAAAAGAGACAUCAGCAAAAACUAGAAGAACUGGAACUUGAUCACAAACUGCAACUCGAGAGAUCUCACAUGAAGCCGAGUGUUGUGACUAAAGAGGAGAAAGAAACUUCUCAAGUGAUAAAAGGACCAAAACUUCCUCCGUUUGAGGAUUCGAAAGACAACAUUGACGCGUACAUUCAAAGAUUUGAGAUAUACGCAACAACGCAGAAAUGGAAUAAAGACACGUGGGGGACUCAUCUUAGCGCAUUACUCAAAGGAAAGGCACUGGAUGUGUUCGCAAGACUCUCACCCGAAACAGCACUUGAUUUCAACGAGUUGAAGAACGCCCUGUUGAAACGAUUUGACAUGACGGAGGACGGUUUCCGCAAGAAGUUCCGAUUUUCAAAACCAGACGGAAGUGAAACUUUUAUGCAAUUUUCUACCAGACUGGACAGUUACCUUGAGCGGUGGAUUCAGCUGUCUAAGACUAACAAGACAUUCGAUGAUCUGAAGGACUUGUUCUUACGUGAACAGUUUUUAUUGUGUUGCUCGAAAGAACUUGCCUUAUUCCUAAAGGAGAGGAUUCCUACUUCGAUCCAAGACAUGGCGCGAUACGCGGACCAGUUUGCUGAGGCCAGAACAGUGACAUCUUCUUCACUUACGCAAAAACCGCUCUUUGACAGACGACAGCAGUCCGAUAGACAACCGCCGUACAAAGAUUCCGUGCAACAAAACCAAUCUGGAAAUGCAGUGAAGUGUUAUGAGUGCGGACGACAAGGACAUAAAGCCUUUAACUGCAACUUCCGCAAAAGUCCGAAUAACAGGCCGUUUAAUUCGAGCGAGAAACAAGAAACAACACCGAAACAUACUUACCCUAGUGAUUUUCAACGUGGGUCGUACAAUAAUGGGAACCAUGGAUAUCCAGGACGCGGUAGAGGUCGCCAAGGAGCCGCGAGUGUCGUCGAGAAACAUGGAAACUUACCGUGUGUUGGUGAUUCGGUUGCUUUCUGUGAAACGGAAAUGCCAGUUGUGAAGGGAUGUGUUGGCAAUAAACUAGUGACCGUGCUAAGAGACACAGGUUGUAGUGGUGCCGUUAUUCGUAGAGAACUGGUAAACGAUGAUCAACUAACAGGGACAUCUCAACGAUGCAAGUUAGCAGACGGUCGUAUUAUUGAUUCAGAUGUGGCUAGAAUUGAUGUCGAUACUCCUUACUUUACCGGAAGUGUUGAUGCUUGGUGCUUUGAUUCGCCUUCGUACGAUCUUAUUCUUGGUAAUAUUCGUGGAGUAAGGAAACCACAUGAACCAAAUCCAGCCUGGAUUCAUUCCGUUGAAAACAUAGCAGCUGUUGAAACGCGUGCGCAACUGAAAAAGAAACAGUCUCCAUACAAACCAUUGAAAGUACCGGAAGCAAUACGGGAUGUAUCGCCGGAGGAUAUCUUACAAGAACAACGAAACGACGAGACACUGAAAAAGUUAUGGAGCUUAGCUGAGAGUGGACAGCUUAAACAUUUCAGUGACGGCGGAUUUUCAAAAAUGUGUGAACGGAAGCAAAUGUUGUUCAGAGAAUUUUGCAGUCCCAAAGUGUCCAGUGGAAAACUUUUCCGACAGUUAAUCGUUCCCCGGAAAUACAGAACUAUCGUUAUGAAGAUAGCACAUGAAACGCUGAUGGGUGGUCAUCUGGGAUCAAAGAAAACAACCGACAGAGUAGUGUCCGAAUUUUACUGGCCAGGAAUUCAGUCAGACAUUAGACGGUUUUGCAGAUCAUGUGACGUGUGUCAGCGGACUAUUCCAAAAGGAAAAGUACCUGCAGUACCGUUAGGACAAAUGCCGCUAAUUACAGAAGCGUUUCAACGAGUAGCAGUUGAUCUUAUAGGCCCUCUCCAACCAGUUACCGACAAAGGGAAUCGUUACAUUCUGACGCUUGUCGAUUACGCAACCCGUUAUCCCGAGGCUAUUCCACUUCCUGGAAUUGAGACAGAGCGAGUAGCGGAGGCACUGGUAGACAUCUUUAGUAGAUUAGGAGUUCCGAUCGAGAUGCUAACAGAUCAAGGAUCGCAAUUCACAUCGGACGUAAUGAAAGAAGUGAGCCGUCUGUUGUCAUUUAAACGGAUUACUACUACUCCGUAUCACCCCAUGUGUAAUGGACUCGUCGAGAAGUUCAAUGGUACGUUGAAACAGAUGCUAAAGAGGAUGUGUGCUGAGCGACCAAGAGACUGGGAUAAGUACAUCAACCCAUUACUCUUUGCAUACCGUGAAGUACCACAGGAGAGCCUUGGUUUUUCGCCGUUUGAUCUUCUCUAUGGACGUACUGUUCGUGGUCCGAUAACAAUUCUUAAAGAACUUUGGACAAAGGAAAUUCCUGACGAGGACGUUAAGACAACGUAUCAAUACGUACUUGACUUACGCACACGAUUGGAAGAAACAUGUGACAUAGCUCGCCAAAACUUGGAGAAAGCUUCAAAACGUCAGCGCAAGUACUACAACAGGAAAACGCAAGGUCGUCAGAUGAAAGAGGGAGACACAGUACUGGUUCUUCUACCGACAAAGUCAAACAAACUCCUCAUGCAAUGGAAGGGACCAUAUAGUGUAAUACAGAAGAUAGGACAUAUGGACUACAAGAUCGAUAUGGGAGGCAAGCUGAAAACUUUCCACGCAAAUCUUCUUAAGAAGUAUGUUGAACGAGAUACAUUGAACUGUGGUGUUUUGUCAACAUGUGCAGUUUCACUCAUAGACUUUAGUGACCUAGAUGAUGAUGAACAACAGGACUCUAUUCUUAUGCCACCUGUUACUCAAACCGAAACAGCAAAGGACAUAAAGUUUGCAGACAGACUAACACCAGAUCAGUUGGAAACUGCUAAAUCACUGUGUGAUUCGUUCUCAGAUGUAUUUACGGAUAUACCUGGAAUGACGAACUUAGUGGAGCAUAAGAUUGUUGUGACAUCGUCUGAACCUGUGCGUGUGAAACCAUAUCCAAUUCCGUUCAGUACAGAGAAAACAAUUACAGAAGAAGUUCAGAAAAUGCUACAGUUGAAUGUGAUUGAGCCAUCAUCUUCCCCUUAUUCAGCUCCAGUUGUCAUAGCUCGGAAGAAAGAUGGAACGAAUCGAUUUUGCAUUGAUUAUAGACGACUGAACUGUGCUACGGUAUUUGAUGCAGAACCAAUGCCCAGUCCAGAAAGCAUAUUUUCCAAAAUGACCGGAAAGAAGUUUGUGUCAAAGAUAGACUUAAGCAAAGGAUACUGGCAAGUACCGAUGGCUGACGAGAGUAAGCCGCUUACAGCCUUUUCCACACCAUCCGGAUUGUACCAAUUCAGGACAAUGCCGUUUGGUCUUGUAAACGCGCCGGCAACAUUUAGUCGUAUGAUGAGAAAACUACUUCAAGGUAUGAACGGCGUAGAAAACUUUAUCGAUGAUGUCAUUGUUUUUACAGAUACCUUUGAAGAACAUCUACACAUACUGAAGACUGUGUUCGAACGACUCAGAGAUGCGGGACUUGCGGCCAGACCGACAAAAUGUUUCAUUGUUGUUCUGUUAUUUUGUUUGGAAUGCCUCACAAUAUUUGUAGAUUUAGUUCAAAAAAUAGAGAGACUUUUAGAGAAUGAAGUUCUAACUGACACGGACAGUACUUGUAGUGAUAAUUCAGAAAAUACAGAGGACUGUUGGGAAAGCACAUUUGCCUCAGAAUUGAACUUUAACCUUGAAAUCUGA